GGCUUCUUCACUUCGAACUCAUAGACUUUUGUAUUUUGGUCAAAAAUGUUCUAACACCUCAAAAACCUAUAAAUUGGUGGCAUGCCCUCCCUCUUCUUCAACCAUCAGUUUCAUUUCCCAUUGAUUUACAAAUCAACAUCCAACAAAGCCAGCAACAAUGGCUUCCUCAUUUCAUUGCCUUCUCUUUUGCUCACUGGUUCUCCAAAUCAUCACCACCACUCCCUCACUAGCCAAAGCUGCAUCUUUCAGACCCAAGGCCCUUGUUCUUCCAGUCACCAAAGACCCUUCCACACUCCAAUACCUCACCAACUUAAGCCAAAGAACCCCUCUUGUCCCCAUAAAACUCACUGUCGAUCUUGGCGGUCAAUACCUUUGGGUUGACUGCGAACAAGGCUACGUCUCAUCCACCUACAAGCCUGCUCGUUGCAACUCUGCUCAGUGCUCAUUGUCAAACUCCAAGGCUUGUACGACAGAGUGCUACUCUUCCCCCAAGCCAGGCUGCAACAACAACACAUGCAGUCUCUCCCCCGAUAACACCGUGACUAGAACCGGCACGAGCGGUGACCUUGGCCAGGACAUUGUGUCACUCCAAUCCACAGAUGGGUUUACUCCUGGUAGGGUUGUUUCUGUCCCCAAUUUGCUCUUCACUUGCGGUUCCACGUUUCUGUUGGAUGGCCUGGCCAAUGGUGUCAAGGGCAUGGCUGGCCUUGGCAGGGCUAAAAUUGGGCUUCCUUCCCAAUUUGCUUCCGCUUUUAGCUUCCAUCGAAAAUUCGCAAUUUGCUUGACCUCUUCAACAAAGUCUAAUGGUAUUGUCAUCUUCGGGGACGGGCCUUAUAGUCUGCUUCCCGGAAUUGAUGUCUCCGAGCAACUUAUUUUCACCCCAUUGAUCCUCAACCCUGUUAGCACUGCAAGUGCUUACUUCCAAGGAGAGCCUUCUACAGAAUACUUCAUCAAUGUGAAGUCAAUCAAGAUCAACGACAAGGCCGUUGCUUUGAACACUUCAUUGCUGAAAAUUGACAGUGAAGGGUAUGGCGGCACAAAGAUUAGCACUGUGAAUCCAUACACAGUCUUGGAGACCUCAAUCUACAACGCCGUGGUCGAUGCAUUUGUGAAAACAGUUGCUGAAAUCCCAAGAGUGAAGGCAGUAGCACCAUUUGGAGCAUGCUUCGAUUCAAAGAACAUUGGAAGCACAAGGGUUGGGCCUGCAGUGCCUGCUAUUGACCUAGUGUUGCAGAGUGAGAGUGUGUACUGGAGGGUGUUUGGAGCAAAUUCGAUGGUGGCGGUGAGCGAUGACGUGUUGUGUUUGGGGUUUGUGGAUGGAGGUGAGAGGCCAGGGACUUCAAUUGUGAUCGGAGGGCAUCAGUUGGAGGACAAUCUUCUGCAGUUUGAUUUGGCUGCUUCUAGGCUUGGGUUCAGCUCCUCACCGUUCUUCAGACGAACAACUUGUGCCAACUUCAACUUCACAUCUACUGCUUAGAGCCAAAGGGUCUUCUUAAUUAUUAAAUUUCUGUUAUUUAUUUGUCUUUUGCAUGGUGAAUAAAUGUUCCUAAUUGCUUUUUAUCCAAUAUAUAUACGAUGCAGACAAUUACAAUUA